GUAUGUUGAUAUAUACGGUAGCAAGAAGUAUUGAGGACUACAAGGAUUAGCGAUAUUGUUGCAUCGUCGUAUUUUUUCUUAAAGGAAAAAUAGGGUGUAGAGAAACAGGUUGACAUUUACAAAACAUGGAAUCCAAAUCUACGGGAAUCGUUCGACAUUCUCAAGGGGAAUUUGACAUUGUAAAGAUUUACAAAAAAUUCUUGGAAGAUGAUCCUGAGAUUACCAUGCCCGUAGCUGCCAUCGAGGCUCUUGUACAGUUAUUGUCACGUUCUCAAGCUAAGACAAUUUCAGAGUUUAUGGAUAUUCUGCAAAGUGGAUCCAAUGCUUUGAAGAACGGCGUAGAAAACAAUAUAUCAUUGUCUGCUGGAUGCGAUAUUUUUCAGCGUUUCGUUACUCGUUCUUUACACGAUGUUGGGGAUUUCGAGCAAUGUAAACGUCACUUAGUGGAAAACGGUAAGCUGUUUAUUCAACGUGCUCGUGCUUGUCGUCAAACCAUUGCAAACUUAGGUUAUCCUUUAAUUCGUGAUGGAAAUGUUAUUUUGACUCAUGGUUUUUCUCGUGGUGUAGCAGCCAUCCUUUUAGCUGCUGCUAAGCGUCAUGUACGUUUCAAAGUGUUUGUAACCGAAUCUCGACCCAGUGGUUCUGGUUGUCUCAUGGCGGAUACACUCCGUAAAGCUUGUAUUCCCACUUGCAUGGUCCUUGACUCAGCUGUGAGUUUUACCAUGAAUCGCGUUGAUUUAGUACUCGUGGGCGCUGAAGGCGUGGUAGAAAACGGUGGAUUAAUUAAUCAGAUUGGUACCUUCCAGCUCGCAGUAUUCGCUAAGCAUGCUCACAAGCCAUUUUACGCAGUUGCUGAAAGUCAUAAGUUUGUCCGAAUGUUUCCACUUUCUCAAUACGAUAUUCCUUUUAGUCAACCGAUCCUCGAGUUUGACGAUCCCUCUCCCGAAACUCUUGGUCCCAUUCGAGAUAUCGUGCCCACACCAUCCGAUGCUAUUCACAAUGAAUUAAUUAUGAACGAAGAGCAAAUUAGAAAUAAUCCCACUUUGGAUGUCACUCCUCCAGAAUUUGUUUCAGGAUUAAUCACCGAUCUUGGAAUCAUAGACUCCAAGAGCGGUGUUAGUGAAGAACUCAUUAAGUUGUACCUAUAAAGAUAAGGAAAAAAAAUUCCACAUCUCAUGUUUAAUAAUCUGUUGGGUUCUUUUUGGAUAGAUAAUGGUCUUCAAAAUAUUGUUGGAAAUGUUAUACCUUUUGUAAAGCGAUAUACCUUAAAAAAGCAUGCUGAAAAGAAAAGGAAGACAGUUUUUGUUCUUGCUUCUUUUUUUUUUUUUUUUUUUGUGGAACGUGUAUGUAGAUAAUUCAUGCCAAUUUUGUUCUACAAUGGAACAUGUCUGAUGUAUACGAUGAAUAAAAUUUAGUAAAUCUAUAGCUAAAA